CCGAGCGGCAGCUCCUUCUAGGGUUUCUGCUCCUUCUCCCCCACCCACCCACCUCAACCCCCCAAUCCAGGCCGCGCGAGCAACGAGCGGCAUCCACCGCCAUGGAGUUCGACGAGUACGAGUACCUGGAGAAGACGGUCGAGCCCUCCGCGCCGUCGGCCAACGGCUCGGGCGAGAAGGACCGCGGCGGCUCCCGCCGGCGCUCCUCCGGCCGCGACGACGAGGAGCGCGGGUCGAAGCGCUCUCGCUCGGGGGAGGACCGGGACCGCGACCGCGACCGGGAGCGGCAUCGCGGCGGCGGUCGGGAGCACCGGGACCGGGAUGAUGCGAAGGAGAAGGAUAAGGAGAAGAAGGAGAAAGAGAAGGAGAAGGAUAAGGAGAGGGAGAGGAGCAGCCGCGGCCGCGACAAGGAUGGGGAGAAGGACAGGGGCAGGGAAAGGGAGGGCAGGGACAAGGACAGCGAGAGGGACAGGCGAAGGGAGAGAGAUAGCGGGCGGGAGCGACGGAGCCGUAGCCGCUCCGAGCGCCGCCGCACAGAGGAGGAGGAGAUGGUGAGGGAGCUCCAGAGGGAGCGAGAACGCAGCGACCGCAACCGUGACUACCGUGACCGCGACGUUCGACGUCGGAAAGAUGAUGGUGCAGAACCAGAAGCUGAUCCAGAAAGGGAUCAGAGGACUGUAUUUGCCUUCCAGCUAUCUUUGAAGGCAGAUGAAAGAGAUGUCUAUGAAUUCUUCUCAAGAGCAGGGAAGGUCCGUGAUGUUCGCCUUAUUAUGGACAGAAACUCACGGCGCUCAAAAGGAGUCGGGUACAUUGAGUUCUAUGAUGCUAUGUCUGUUCCAAUGGCAAUAGCUCUAACUGGUCAGAUGCUUCUUGGGCAACAAGUGAUGGUUAAGCCCUCAGAGGCUGAAAAGAACCUAGUUCAGUCAAAUGUGACCUCAGGUGGAGUAGCUUCAGGUGGAGCAAGAAAGUUGUAUGUUGGCAAUCUUCAUGCCAACAUCACUGAGGAUCAACUGAGACAGGUAUUUGAACCAUUUGGGCAAGUGGAGCUUGUCCAGCUGCCUGUAGAUCCACUUACUGGACUAUGCAAAGGUUUCGGUUUCAUCCAGUUUGCACGGCUUGAAGAUGCAAAAGCUGCUCAGAGUUUAAAUGGUCAGCUUGACAUUGCUGGAAGAGUAAUUAAGGUCUCGGCUGUUACUGAGCAGGCUGGUAUGCAAGUCGGGGGUGCAACUACUGGAGAUUUAGAUGAUGAUGAAGGUGGAGGUUUGGCAUUAAAUGCAAGCUCUAGAGCUCUGUUGAUGCGUAAACUGGACCGAAGUGGCACUGCAACCAGCUUAAAUGGUGGUAUUGGUGGUGUGAACACAUCAGUUGAACUACCGGCUCCACUGGCAACCACUUCUCUCAUACAACCUGCAAUACCUGCUAUUGGGACAGUUCCUGGGAUGCAUCUUCCUGCUACCACUCAAUCUGCAGAUAUUGGUCCACCUACUGAAUUUCUAUUGCUGAAGAACAUGUUUGACCCUGCUCUGGAGACGGAUCCUGAUUUUGAUUUAGAUAUUAAAGAUGAUGUUCAGGAUGAAUGUUCAAAAUUUGGUGCAGUAAAUCACAUUUUUGUUGACAAAAAUACUGCAGGCUUUGUGUACCUGCAUUUCGAUAGUGUAGCAGCGGCGACAAAUGCUCAGCGUGCACUUCAUGGUAGAUGGUUUGCAGGAAAGAUGAUUACAGCGACCUUUAUGACUGCUCAGCAGUACAAAAUGAAGUUCCCAAACUAGCGGACUAAUGUGGGCAUCUGGCGAAGAUUGACUUGGCAGACGAGGGGAUGAGGUGAAUCUGGAGCCGUUCGAUCGAAGUUGUAGUGGAGCGACUAUUAUUCGUUUCCUGUAACAUUGUGACAUAUUAGAUGAAUCUUUGAGUAAGUUUCAUCAUAGUGAUGGUUGAAUAUGUGUGAUUAACUACCCAUCAGCUUUUUGAGUUAUUGCCGGGUGACAAUUCUUCUUACAUGUUCUAACAUUUGUCUACGAAGUAGAAUUUGCAUUAAAUUGCGGGCCAAUUCUUAUGCAUAUCUUGGUAUCUGAAAAC